AUGAAGAUGAUGAAGGUGGUGAUGAAGAUGAUGAUGGUGGUGGUGGUACUACUGCCGGUGCUGUGCGGUGCAGCGCGAAGCUGCGCGGAGUCCCGCCGGGUGUACGCGGAGAAUCACGGCUCCAUCCCCGCCCCGCAGACGCUCAUCAGCGGAGAACACCUGCGCUUCUGUCCGCGUGACUACACCUGCUGCUCCAGCCACAUGGAGGACACACUCGCGCAACACAGCCAACAACACUUCCUGUCUGCGGUUCGGGACUCCAGCCAUUUCCUGUUCUCCAGCUUCAGCCACACACACCGCAGGUUUGACGAGUUGUUCCGGAAGCUGAUCGACGUGUCGGAGGAGUCCAUGAGUGAGAUGUUCACACACACGUACGGCCGCCGCUACACACAGAAUGCUCACAUCAUCACACAGCUGUUCACAGACCUGCGCCGCUACUACACCGGUAGUGUGUGUGUGCAGGUGUCGAGAGCGUUCACGGCUGCGCGCGCACUGGUUCAGGCUCUAGCGGCCGGCAGAGAGAUCGUCAGCAAGGCCACACAGCUGCGCGCGGGGCCAGAGUGUGUGCGCGCGCUCAUGCGUCAGUGGUUCUGUCCUCUGUGUCGGGGUCUUCCGUCACUCAAGCCCUGUCAUUCGCUGUGCCUGAACAUCAUGAAGGGCUGUCUGGCCAAUCAGGCGGAUCUAAACAGCGAGUGGAACAGCUUCAUUGAUGCUCUGACAGUGGUGGUGGAGAAACUCGGCGGGCCGUUUAACUUUGAGCUGGCUGCGGACGCCAUCGCUGUGACGGUUUCUGAAGGCAUCAUGAACAUGCAAGAGAACAGCAUCAGCAUCUCUGCUAAGGUGUUUCAGGGCUGUGGGAUUCCUCGUCCAGUUCCUGGCAGAAACAAGCGUUCUGCUGCAGAAAGAGAUGCAAAACCCAAAUUCAGGAGCUUCAGAACCGAGGAGAAACCCAGCAGCGGCUCCGGGACGGACCUGGACCAACUGGUGCAGGAGCUGCAGGCGCGUCUGAAGCCGAUGCGGGGCUUCUGGUUGGCCCUCCCACACACCAUCUGCAGUGACGAACACACAGCAGCAGACGUCACUAACGAGGAGCAGUGCUGGAACGGGCAGACGCGCGGCAGGUACCUGCCAGCAGUCACUGCUGACGGUCUGCUGAAUCAGCUCAAUAACCCAGAGCUGGAGCUGGACGUCUCUCGGCCGGACACUCGCACGCGGCAGCUAAUGAUGGAGCUGCGCGCGGCUAUACACACACUCCGACUCGCACAGCACGGACGAGACACACACUUCACAGACGGUGAGCUGGAGCCUGGCAGUGGCUCAGGGGGUGGAGCUAGCGAGCGGUUCAGUGAUGAUUGGCCAGGAUACACUUCAUUCUCUUCACCCAGAAAUACUCCUGUGGACAAGCCACUCCGUCCACAUGGCAGACCCCGCCCCAACGACUGGCUCCGCCCUCAAGACACCCCCACUAAUAAAAAGAAAAUCUGGCUAAAUGGACGAAGCCAAUCAGACGCGCUCAGACCUUCCCCUGCUCUGCCUCUGAUGUUCUGCUUUACUCUCUGUCUGUGUCUGUAA